AGUUUUCGAAAAUGAUUCGAAGUGGUACCUGGGCCUCGAUACCAGGUGAGCUGGAAAGAGGCGGAAAAAGUAUUCCGUGUAGCCUCUUAUUGGGCUUAGCCUUAGUUCUAAGUGAAUUCUCAUAGAGGUCGUACACGGGAUCCGAUACGAGUGCCGUAAGGAUGCGCCCGUCGCGAUUCUAGCCUGCAAACAAGGAUAAUUGUUGUAGAAGGGAACACUGCUGUUAACAUUCGUAUCCUGACCAUAUCGUGUUUCGGGCGGAUUUUUUUUGGUGAUUGUGGUGCAAGGGAAGUGAAUAGGAGCGUUGAGGCUGCUGAUGAGACCUCGGUUCGGUGCGUUAGGAACCUGCGUCUAAUUGGACUUCUCAGUCACCUGGAUGACGAGGUCAAGUCUUCUUUCGGUGCUUCGAUACUUGGCUCAUCUUCGUGCGUGCGUUUGUGAGGUUUAAGAUUCUUUUCUUUUCGUGAUAACACGCGAGUGGAGAGUGACCGACCCUCGGUGGUGACCCUUCGUUUAGGUGUCGAUUCAAUUCAUGAAUUUCAUAAGAUAAAAAGUGCCCGCGAUAAUUUUUUACGCUGCGGUGAUCGUUGAGGUGUUGUUGAUGGUUUUCAUUGAUUAACUGCAAAACGUUUUUGGGCUGUCCUUUUGGCGGAUUACGUCAUAAAUUUUGAAAUGAAAAAUGAAUAAAUUUGUAAUUGGUUGAUGUGGGCAUGAAUGAAAAGUGAAAAGUUGCAGAUGGAUUAAAAGUGAUUUAGAUCGAAUUCAUCGGAAAGUGAUCAGGAAAGUGUUUACAUGUUAUCGACAACUUUGGUGGAAAUUUCACGACCGACAGAAUUUUAUGGUGACUCCGAAAAUUCGUAAGGAAAUUUAAUGAGAAAAAAAUACUCCUUUGCAACAAAGGAACAGCACAGCACGUUGUCGUCCCUAAACACGGCUGCUACUAAUACGGAACCAAAUCUGGAGCCUUUACUGGUUGAGAACCGUCUUCUAUAUGCCCACUACACACCAGCCCAAGAUACAGGAUCCGGACGCCAAAGUGCCGAAAUUGGACAAGAUUAUUAUUAUUACGUUGACCCUCAGUUACAGGAGACGACACCAUUAUUCAGCACCGCAACAUAUCCGCCGGCAACUGUCGAAUAUGUAUCCGCUCCAUGUACGAUAACGGCGGAUAAUCCUUCUGCCGUGACCGUCAUUGAAGCAAAUUUAGAGUCGCGUCCUGAAGCCGGAAUCGUUAACGCACCUACAGUCCCACGAAAAAUAAAACCCGCCGCUGUUGUUGGUGUGAUUGCGCCCAGUGCGAGUAACAGUGGUGUGAAUACCUCGUCCUCAUCAUCCGUGACAACAAUUGCGCCAUCGUUGGCGAUUGUUAACUCUAGCACUAAUCCAGUGUCUAGUUCCUUAGCAAUGAGUCAAUUGGGGACUGUAUAUGCAACGAAACGACGACGACGUAAUGGAAAAAGCCUGAAACCGCCUCCGAAGGAUGGCGUAACGAAGAGCAACCCAUCGAAGCGACAUCGGGAACGACUUAAUGCCGAAUUGGACUUGUUAGCAUCGUUACUGCCAUUCGAGCAAAAUAUUCUUAGCAAAUUGGAUCGACUGAGUAUUCUUAGGCUAUCUGUUAGUUAUUUAAGGACAAAAAGUUACUUUCAAGUGGUUAUGCAUAAGGAAAAGGAGGAGAACGGACUUCUUCCACAUAUUCAUUCACAUGAUGGAUAUCGAACGAGGGAAUUAGGAGCAUUCGAGCAUGGUCUCUUGGAUGGAGAUAUGUUCCUUCAGGCACUAAAUGGAUUUCUAAUGAUUCUCACGUGUGAGGGAGAAGUGUUCUUCGCAACUCAUAGUAUAGAAAGUUAUUUGGGAUUUCAUCAGUCCGAUAUCGUUCACCAAUCUGUUUACGAACUAGUUCAUAGCGAAGACAGGGAGGAAUUACAACGACAAUUGCUGUGGAACUCAUUUCUACCCGCCGAUCUUUCAGGGAUGCCACUGGGCGAAGCUCUGGCUCCAGAUAAAGCAAUCUACCUAGAACGCAGUUUUACCGUACGCUUCCGCUGCUUACUGGAUAACACUUCCGGAUUUUUGAGACUGGAUAUUCGAGGACGAGUGAAGAUCCUUCAUGGGCAAAAUCGUAAAACCGAAGAUCCGCCAUUGGCUUUGUUCGCGUAUUGUACACCAUUCGGACCGCCUAGCUUGCUGGAAAUACCGCAGAAGGAGAAUAUGUUUAAGUCAAAGCAUAAAUUGGAUUUGUCGCUGGUUUCGAUGGAUCAGAGGGGAAAGAUGAUAUUAGGGUACGCAGACAGUGAACUAGUUAAUAUGGGAGGUUACGACUUAGUGCAUUAUGAUGAUUUAGCCUACGUGGCCAGUGCACACCAGGAAUUAUUAAAAACCGGUGCAUCCGGCAUGAUUGCGUAUCGAUUACAAAAAAAGGAUGGUGAAUGGCAAUGGUUACAAACAAGUUCGCGAUUAGUCUACAAAAAUUCUAAACCAGACUUUGUAAUUUGUACGCAUCGGCAACUCAUGGAAGAAGAAGGACGCGAUCUUUUAGGAAAGCGCACGAUGGAUUUCAAAGUCAGUUACCUCGAUACAGGACUAGCAUCCACCUACUUCAGCGAAUCGGAGCAGCUUGUCGUGGCUCCAACUGGUUCACCAACUUCUCUACCACCACCUGUAACACCUCAACGAACAAGUAGACGAUAUAAGACACAAUUACGUGAUUUUCUCUCAACGUGUCGAUCGAAACGUAAACUACAGCAAACAUCUCCAUUGGGUCAAGUUACAUCGCCCGCUCCAGUUGUCGAAUAUAUUCCGGAUCCAGCUGCCGCAGUGGCGGCUGCUUAUUCCAAUUUAAAUCCAAUGUAUACAACAUCCCCGUAUGCCUCGGCUGCAGACAAUCUCUACAUGACGCCUUCCGUACAUUCAACGAAUUUCUACCCAGUGACAGAGAACCUCUUUCAUCAAUACCGUCUUCAAGGGGUGAGCGGCUAUUACCCCGAAUAUCACCACACUUCAACUCCGACGUCAUACGUGACGAACGGAUUCUUAUCAUACGAUGGCUAUGGAAUAUCAGCCAAAGAAGAAAAGUGGCAAGAUUCAACCAAAUACUAUAGUGGGACAGAUGUAGCAAGCAGAGGGGUUUAUAGUGGGUACUGCAGUCCGACGUCAACGCCACAGGUUAUCCAUGUCCCCCUGAAAACUCCGAAAUCGUCACCACAACAAAUUAUGGAGGUAGUAUCGUGCUCUUCGGGCGGUCCCUCACCAGUGAAUAGUACCUCGUCCGUAGCAAUCAAUGCAGCAGCAAAUCACGUAACGAACAGUAGCAAUAACAAUACGAACAGCAAAAUCAGCAAUACGUCAUCCAAUAAUGCCAAUACCAAUGCAAAUAUCCCCAACGGAGGAAAUGCAAUAGUAACAAUCACCCCCAAAGUUGAACAGUCCCCGCCCGAACAUUACGAACGUCAGACUGUGCUUAUGUGGGGAACGGCAGCACCACCGCCAAACGCCAAUAAUACCACCCCAACUCCAACAACCAAUACAACAACCCGUUCACCAAAUCAUACACCCACUUCCAAUGGCCUGUACAACGAAUCAGCCGCACAAUUGAAAAUCGAUGACCCUCAUCAACAACAACAACUGCAUCAUUCUAGUCAUUUAAAAUGGAAUGGAUCGCACAAGGAUGCCUUGGUAUCUGACGUGCAAGUCUACCAAAUUCACCAGCAACACCCGCCAACGGACAAUGUCGAAGCCAUCUAUGGGAGUCACUUGAGUGGUUCACACCAGCAUGCUGGUGGCCAUAUUGUAGGAGCAGACCACCAGUCACCUCAUCAUGGGCAUUCUGAUGUUCUUAUGCAAAAUACAGCUGGAAGCCACCAACCUCAUCAGCAGCAUCAUCAGCAACAUCAGCAUCAUCUGCAACAUCAACAGGCACACCAAGCAGUUGGGACGAACAGUAGCUGCGAGGUAUGGAGUCCUGCGUCCUACUCGCAAUACCAGUAUUUCACUUAUCACCACGCUCCUCAGCACGCAAGCACUCAAUCAUCCUUGGCGGCCGACAGCAGUCAAUCGCCCUAUCUUUCGCGCAGCAACGGUUACAUGGAUGCACAUCAUCACCCGGCCCACCAUCAUCUUCACCAUCAUCCGCAUCAUCAAUCGCAAUCACACCAUCCCCAUCCUCAUCAUCCGGUCGGCACCAUCUCUCCAAUAUCACCGCUCACACAGCUCUCGCAUACGCAUCCAACGCGUACUCCGAUCACCCGGACGGGAGUCCUUUGUUGUCCUUCUCUGAGGUGACCAACACAUUAUUGAACCAAUAAGGAAGCUCUUUUAGUUCUUUGUUAAUAUUAAAUCCGCAUAUCUUCUAUUACAAAAACAUUCGUUCGAAACCGUUUCCUUAGCCAACAUUUAUCGAGUUUUUAUUCAAAUUUCUCAAACAGUAAGAUCUUCAAGUAAUACAUGGCAAAUCCAUUGGUAUUUCCAAACAAACCUUUUUUACAAAAUACGCGAAUACCAAGAAAUAUUUAUUCAUAUCGAAUUUACUUUGUGCAAUUCCAUUUAAAAAAACUUACUGCACUUAGAGCAAGUAAUCGAAUGGUGAUGCUCAUUUUCCAAGUUUCAUUGAAAUUUAAGAAAUAACUGUUUGUAUUAUAUCAAUAAUCAUAAGAAUAUCAUUCCUAAGUAUGUAACUUUUAUUGUAAAUAGUCUACUGGAAUUAGCAGCAAUCAACGCAUUGCAAUAACGAAAAAUUAGAGAAAUAGAAACGUAGAUAAUACAAAAUAUCGAAAUAAUGCAAUUUUAUAUUUUUUCUGUGAUAAGCAUUUAACUAAAAAUAUCUCAAUCUUCGAAUGCUGGAGGAGUUGCGUCCUUGUAGCCUAUUGUGUAUAUCAAUUCAAACAAUGCACAAAUUCUAGAAACUUCAACUAUUACCACUUAAGCUCUAAGAUAUUCCGGCGAUCCAGCCAACGCAGAUAUUACCCAAAAUUAGAUAAAGAAUAUUAUUUUUGACAGCAAUAAAGCAAUUCCUUCCAGAACACUCAAUCCAAAGAUUAAACUAAUUAGUAUUCCUAAGAAAGCAAUUUUAUAUAAGAAGCGUAGCGAACUAAAUGGUUGUAAAAGUAUUAAGCGAUGACAGCAAAAAUGUUGACAUUCCUUCACGUAUGUUUUCCUCUCCCAUGACAAAAACUUCGGAUACAGGCAUCCUUUUUUUGUAAAGAAUUCCAAACCAUUCUUUUAUAAAACAAUAGCAAAAGAUAGCGUAUGUCUAACAGAUUGUGUAGCUAAAAUUUCAUUGAUACUUGUAACUUUCUAAUGAAAAUUACGUAAAUUUCUAGUCCUCUUGAUAUUGAGUAAUUUAUUUUAAUAUAAUUAUUAUUAAAAUCGAGUAAAAAAACCAAUUUUCAAGUUAUAUAAGAUUUAUUAAUACUGAAGAAAUAUUCCAUAUUCUAUAGUCUCGGAAAUUUGAAAAAAUAUCAAAAAAACUUUUCCAAAAUAAAUGAUACAAGUCUUUCGCAAGCAAUCUAAACCUUUAAGAUUAGAUUAUUACCAAAACUAAACAAAUUUCGACAACUGAAUAAAUUAUACUAAAGUUAUUAGUCUUAUGUAUUGAAUGUAAUUUAUUAGAUUGAAUAAAAUAUAACGUGUUUAAGAUGA